UAAUCAUGUUUUCCGAAAUAACCCGAAGACGAGAUCGGAUCUCCCCCUUUCUAUCCCUCCAUCGUACCCUCCCCCUACGCCGCUUUGAAUCGGCCAGCGCUCCAAAGACUUCGAUUUGCUCGAGUCGGUGGGUCUUCGAUCGACGGCCAGCUCUGGUAUUCUCGAUCCAGAUCUAUUGUUGGAGCUUGAUUCUCUGUUCUGAUGCUGUUCAAUCGAGCAGCAGCGGACUCAGCUCGUUGCAGGUGGUGAUAAUGUUAUUGUGAGUGGAUUUGGAUUGUUCCUAGUGUUGAUAUAGAGUUUAGGAUGGGUUCUCGAGUGUCCAAGUUGACGUGCUGUUGGGGUUCUCGGUACAAGGGGACGGUUCUUGAAGCUCCCGAUGUUGAGACUGAGGAGACGGGAGAGACAUAUGAGCUGCCUCCCUUCCAGGAGUUUUCUUUUGAGCAGCUUAGGUUGGCCACUUCUGGUUUUGCUGUGGAGAACAUCGUUUCGGAGCAUGGGGAGAAGGCCCCGAAUGUUGUUUACAAGGGGAAGCUGGAUGCACAGAGGAGGAUUGCGGUGAAGAGGUUCAAUAGGUCGGCAUGGCCUGAUCCCCGACAGUUCUUGGAAGAAGCAAAGGCUGUAGGUCAGCUUCGAAACAAUAGAUUGGCAAAUUUGCUUGGCUGCUGUUGUGAAGGUAAUGAGAGGCUGCUCGUGGCAGAAUUUAUGCCGAAUGAUACACUUGCAAAACAUCUUUUUCAUUGGGAAACACAACCUAUGAAAUGGCCUAUGCGAUUAAGGGUUGUACUCUAUCUAGCUGAAGCCUUGGAUUAUUGCACUAGUAAGGGGCGUGCUCUCUAUCAUGACCUUAAUGCCUAUAGAGUUUUAUUUGAUGAUGAUUGUAAUCCUAGGCUUUCAUGUUUUGGCUUGAUGAAGAACAGUCGCGACGGCAAAAGUUAUAGCACGAAUUUGGCAUUUACCCCUCCUGAGUAUUUAAGAACUGGAAGAGUUACACCAGAAAGUGUCAUAUAUAGCUUUGGCACGUUGUUGCUUGAUGUUCUUAGUGGAAAGCACAUCCCUCCUAGUCAUGCCCUUGACUUGAUACGAGAUCGUAACUUCAACAUGCUGACGGACUCAUGUUUAGAAGGUCAAUUUUCAAAUGAGGAUGGGACUGAAUUAGUACGUUUAGCUUCAAGAUGUUUGCAGUAUGAGCAACGAGAGCGGCCUAACGUAAAGUCGUUAGUUCUUGCAUUGACCCCACUUCAAAAGGAGACUGAGGUUGCUUCUUAUGCUCUGAUGGACAUGCCACAUGGUGGUGCAUCUUCAUUGGAGGCGCUCUCUCUUUCCCCACUUGGUGAAGCUUGCUCUAGAAUGGAUUUGACCGCAAUACAUGAAAUCCUAGAAAAGAUUGGGUAUAAAGAUGAUGAGGGAACAGCAAAUGAGCUGUCAUUUCAGAUGUGGACCAAUCAAAUGCAAGAAACAUUGAACUCAAAGAAGAAGGGUGAUACUGCUUUUAGGCAUAAAGAUUUUAAUACAGCAAUUGAUUGCUACACCCAGUUCAUUGAAGUUGGAACUAUGGUUUCUCCAACGAUUUUUGCACGACGCUGCCUGUCAUAUCUGAUGAGUGACAUGCCACAGCAAGCUCUUAAUGAUGCAAUGCAGGCCCUAGUCAUAUCUCCAACUUGGCCAACUGCAUUUUAUCUUCAGGCUGCUGCUCUUUUGGCCCUUGGAAUGGAAAAUGAAGCUCGUGAAGCGCUGAAAGAUGGGUCAUCCCUAGAAACAAAGAAGGAUGGGGGCCAUUAAAGACAGGCUAAAUUAACUGUUGGUAGGGUGAUGAAUGCUCAAAUUUUCAGGGGCUUUCUGUUUCAGGUUUAGGCACAUUCAGAACUACAAUCUUUGGAUAUUGAAGCAGCUUUUGUUCAUUUGCCUUGUGGCUAUGAUGCUUCGUAACCACCUGCUGUUGUACACCAAACCUCUCCAUAUGGAUCAUGCAUGUAUAUACGGAAGCAACAGCCACCAUAGUGCCCCUGAAAGAAAUUGCAAACUGAUUCCGUCUGACGAGUAUGAGAAAGCUUGAUCCUUCAUCCCUAGAUAGAAGUUCUCUAGUGUUUUUUUCUCCCAAAGGCAUGCGUUGUAAAUCUCCAUCUUGCUGGUAAACAUGUAAUUGUGUACAGCAGUGGAAUGAUUUAAAUCGUCAGUGUGGCUCUUUUGUCAUCCGUGUCUCCUUAUUGGAUUUUUUUCCUGAAGCUUGGUUUUUUCUGGAAGAACAUUUGUUGAAGGUUGUGUAUCUGGGAGCGAGUUUAAUGUGGUAAAGGUGACAUUCUUUGGAUUGUGGAAGACUGCGGGUUCCUUUCUCUUUUA